CUCUCUCUCUCUCUCUCUCUCACUCUGAUUAAAAUUGAACAUGGUCAGUCUGGUGUUCUUUGUUCAGCUUCAGCUGCUGAUAGUUUAAUGUCACAUACAACAGAUGAGAGAAACUAAGUAUAACACUUAGUAUGAUAAUUUUUAAUUACAUUGUUAAUUAGAAUAAAUGGGUGAUACAUCAACUUUAAAGUAAGUCUUAAACCAAGAUAAAAAUCUGUUGAUGGAGAGUGUGUCAUUGUGUCUCUCUACAGGUUGGAGUGUUGUGGUGUCUCAGAUGAAGGCUGUGCUGCUCUGACUUCAGCUCUGAGAUCAAACCCCUCACACAUGACAGAACUGUAUCUGUCCUAUAAUAAUGUAGGAGACUCAGGAGUGAAGAGUCUCUCUGCUGUAAUGGAGAAUCCUCAAUGUAAACUGGAGAUACUGAGGCUGUGGAAGUGUGGUGUCUCAGAUGAAGGCUGUGCUGCUCUGACUUCAGCUCUGAGAUCAAACCCCUCACACCUGAGAAAACUGAAUCUGUCUGAGAAUAAAAUUGGAGACUCAGGAAAGAAGCUGCUCUCUGCUCUUAAGGAUGAUGAACAUUACAAACUACAGACACUGCAGUGAGUAAUGACCUUUUUAGAUAAAUGUUGGGGAAAAAAUAAGACUAAUCAUUGAACCUCAUUAUCAUUCAUUUGUACAUUUAUCUUUGGUUCCAAUAAAUAUCAGCUUACCAGGUUAGGAAAUAAAGCCAG